GAUGGACUCACCCCACUCCACUGUGCUGCAAGAAGUGGACAUGACCAAGUUGUGGAGCUGCUUCUGGAGCGAGGUGCCCCGCUGCUUGCACGGACCAAGAAUGGACUCUCUCCACUUCACAUGGCGGCCCAGGGGGACCACGUGGAAUGUGUCAAACACCUACUGCAGCACAAAGCUCCCGUGGAUGAUGUCACGCUGGAUUACCUGACUGCCCUCCAUGUGGCCGCGCACUGCGGCCACUAUCGUGUCACCAAACUUCUUCUGGACAAGAGAGCAAAUCCCAAUGCUCGUGCCCUGAAUGGUUUUACUCCACUGCACAUUGCCUGCAAGAAAAAUCGCAUCAAAGUCAUGGAACUCCUGGUGAAAUAUGGGGCUUCAAUCCAGGCUAUAACAGAGUCGGGCCUCACACCAAUACACGUGGCUGCAUUUAUGGGCCACUUGAACAUAGUCCUCCUGCUGCUGCAGAACGGAGCCUCUCCCGAUGUCACUAACAUUCGUGGAGAAACUGCAUUGCACAUGGCGGCACGUGCUGGGCAGGUGGAAGUAGUUCGCUGCCUCCUGAGAAACGGGGCCCUGGUUGAUGCCCGAGCCAGGGAAGAACAGACUCCACUGCACAUUGCUUCUCGCUUGGGUAAAACGGAGAUCGUCCAACUUCUGCUACAGCACAUGGCCCACCCUGAUGCUGCAACAACUAAUGGGUACACUCCGCUGCACAUCUCUGCCAGAGAGGGACAAGUUGAUGUCGCAUCAGUUCUCCUAGAGGCAGGUGCCUCGCACUCCAUGUCCACCAAAAAGGGAUUCACACCUUUGCAUGUGGCGGCCAAAUAUGGGAGCCUGGAAGUGGCAAAACUCCUGCUGCAGCGCCGUGCCUCUCCCGAUUCAGCUGGCAAG